CUGCACACGCUCGCUGCACUGCAGUGAGCCAGCAUUUAUUCACAGAGAGAGAGAGAGAGAGAGAGAGAGAGGGGAGGAAGAUGAAUGGAUGAGACAGACGGAGCCAAGAGGAAGAGUGAUUGGAGGAGAGGAAGUGAUGAGGAAGAGCGAAGGAGCAUAGAGGGAGGGCGGGGAGGAGAUGAUGUAAAAACUGAAAUACAAUCUGGACAAAUCGCUCCUCCUCAACUUGGCUCACGUGUGUGCGCACACCCAAAAACACUCAGAGGAGCGGUGUGUCUCUCACACACACAUCCUGUUGCCGGCUGUCUGCUGCUACCUAAAGGGGAGCAUCAUCUUGAUUGAGAACUGAAAUGACCUGGCUUAGACUCACAUGGAGCCAGUGUUUCAGUGUGGGACCUGAGGUGGAUGACGCCUGUUGAUCUGCCCAUAGAUGCAGCACUGGUGCAGGGUAAGAGGAAGAGGGACUCGUAUGUCAGAGUUUUAGGAUGGCCAGUGAAGGCUCCACUAUUCCCAGUCCCGUGGUCCGUCAGAUCGACAAGCAGUUCCUGAUCUGCAGCAUAUGUCUGGACCGCUACGAGAACCCUAAAGUCCUGCCCUGCCUACACACCUUCUGUGAGAGGUGUCUGCAGAAUUACAUCCCGGCCCACAGCCUCACACUGUCGUGCCCCGUGUGCCGCCAGACCUCCAUCCUGCCGGAGAAAGGUGUGGCGGCGUUGCAGAAUAACUUCUUCAUCACCAACCUGAUGGACGUGCUGCAGCGGGCUCCGGACAGCUGCAGCCAGGAGGCCGCCGCGCUCAACACCAUCACCACUGUGGCUGCAGGACAGCUGCUGUCCUGUCCCAACCAUGGAGGCAACGUCAUGGAGUUUUACUGUCCACCCUGUGAGACAGCCAUGUGUCAGGAGUGUACGAGCGGAGAACACGGAGAACACCCCACUGUGCCUCUCAAAGACGUUGUGGAACAACACAAGGCCUCGUUACAGGACCAGCUGGACGCCGUCAAGAAGAGGUUGCCAGAGAUCGACUCAGCGCUGCAGACUCUGUCAGAAAUCCUACAGCAGCUGACCAAUCAGAAGAGCUCCAUCGAGGACGACAUCCACACAACUUUUGAUGAGCUGCAGAAGACUCUGAACGUUCGCAAGAGUGUUUUACUCAUGGAGCUGGAAGUCAACUAUGGCCUCAAGCAGAAGGUGCUCCAGGCCCAGCUGGACAGCCUGCUGCAGGGUCAGGACGGCAUCAACAGCAGCUGUAACUUCACGGAGCAGGCGCUGAGCCACGGCACCGAGGCAGAGGUGCUGCUGGUGAAGAAACAGAUGAGUGAGCGUCUCAUAGAGCUCGCCAGCCAGGAGCUUCCUCUACAGCCCGGGGAGAACGACCAGCUGGACUUUAUCGUGGAGACAGAGGGACUCAAGAAGUCCAUCCACAACCUGGGCACUAUUGUGACGACCAACGCUGUGGCCUCUGAGACUGUAGCUACAGGUGAAGGGCUGAGGCACUGUUUGGUCGGAGUACCCACCUCUAUCACCAUCACCACUAAGGACAAAGACAGAGAGCUGUGCAAGAUGGGAAAUGCAGUCAUCAGGGCUGAAAUGUCCUCAUCUGAUGGCAGCAAAGGUGAAGGAGAGAUCCUGGACAACAAGAACGGCACUUAUGAGUAUCUGUUCACGGCUCCUAAAGAGGGGACUUUUAACUUAUCUCUGUGGUUGUAUGACCAACACAUCAAAGGAAGCCCCUUUAAGAUAAAAGCUACAAAGUCUAUAGACAUAUCGCCAACCUGUGACGGCAUGAAGAAGAGGCUGAAGUCUCCAGGAAGCGGUCACAUCAAGCAGAAGGCCAUAAAGAGACCGGCCAGCAUGUACAGCACGGGGAGGAGGAAAGAGAACCCCAUAGAGGACGACCUUAUUUUCAGAAUCGGCACCAAAGGUCGAAACAAAGGGGAGUUCACAAACCUGCAGGGAGUGGCGGCCUCCUCUCUAGGAAAGGUGCUGAUAGCAGACAGCAACAACCAGUGUGUCCAGAUUUUUACAAAUGAUGGUUUGUUCAAAAGCCGGUUUGGGGUCCGCGGAAGGACACCUGGUCAACUGCAGCGGCCAACAGGUGUGGCUGUCCAUCCGAACGGUGACAUCAUCAUCGCUGACUAUGACAACAAAUGGGUUAGCAUCUUUUCAAGUGAAGGGAAGUUUAAGAAUAAGAUCGGCUCAGGGAAGCUGAUGGGUCCUAAAGGCGUGUCGGUGGACAAAAACGGACACAUCAUCGUGGUCGACAACAAGGCAUGCUGCGUCUUCAUCUUUCAAAUCAACGGCAAGCUGGUCACCAAGUUUGGUAACCGCGGCAACGGGGACAGGCAGUUUGCAGGUCCUCACUUUGCUGCUGUCAACAACAACAAUGAAAUCAUUGUGACGGAUUUCCACAACCACUCAGUCAAAGUGUUCAACACAGAGGGAGAGUUCCUGCUGAAGUUUGGAUCUAAUGGUGAGGGUAACGGUCAGUUCAACGCCCCCACAGGAGUGGCAGUGGAUGUGAAUGGAAACAUUAUAGUGGCAGACUGGGGCAACAGUAGGAUACAGGUGUUUGAUGGCAGUGGCUCGUUCCUGUCCUACAUCAACACCUCAGCAGACCCACUGUACGGCCCUCAGGGUCUGGCUCUCACCUCUGACGGACACGUUGUGGUUGCAGAUUCUGGCAACCACUGCUUCAAAGUCUACCGCUACCUUCAGUAGCCCCCCCCUCGCUCUGUGUACAGUGUAUAUAUUUACUCACAUGGACCCAUUUGUGUCGGGCGACCGGCAGAUUUGCACUCACCUGUUCUUCCUUGUUGUCGUUGUGCCAUCUGUUUGACUCUUUCUCCACGUGUGUGUGUCCGUGGCAUCACCUCUGACCAAACAAAGACAGAGGGGAUUAUUUGUGGUUUGAAAUAAACACGAGGAUCUCCAAUGUUCACAGGUGGCUGAUGCUGAUUGGUGCUUUGAGGAGACACUCAUUACCUUCUUCAGGUCCCAUCUUAACUUCACAGUUUUUAAAAUCAAACUUUAAGAAUUGUAAAUAUGUUUGACUUUUGAUGUGUUGUGAGAUUGUGGUAAAACUGGAAAAUGAGGCUGUUGCACUGGUUCAUGAUUAUAGGUACUGGUUAGACACAGUGCUAUCAGAGACUGCUAUUCAAAUAAGCAAGGACCUUAGUUACAUGAAUGAUAAAGGAAAUCAAUUUGUAGUUCCACUAACUGUAGCUUCCUGCUCUGAAGAGUCCUCACAUUUUGCCUGUUCACUAUGAAAUAAAAACACUGUAGGUAGCAGGGUAUUUUAAAGCAUGAUAAUGCAUCUCUGUGCAUGCUAUUCUUACUAAUAAACACCAGUAAAAAGAUAGAGUGCACUGUAUAGAAACCAACUUUAGGCUGAUAAGUAACAACAGCACCAAAAUGACAUUCAAUUGAAGCACUAUUUCAAUGACACUUCAACCUAUAUAUAAAAAUAACCACUGGAUGUUGUAUGUCAUCACUCAGAAAUAACACAUAAGCAGUUAUUUUAGUAAGCUGAUAACUUAAUUUUGAUACAAAGAACACAUAAAAUGACUGGUUGUGUUUGUUGUGAUCGAUUAAGGUACCAAACUGAAGCAAUUUGAUAUGGUGACUUACAAUCUGGAGUGUGUUUGUGUACUGUAUGUAUGUAUGCAAGUGGGUGUAAUGUGUAUGAAGCCUCUUGACGUUUGGAUUUACAACCUGCUGU